AUGCUCCUCCCGCCCAGCCUGGCCGCCUCGUACCCGGCUUUCAACGCCCUCGCCGCCUCCGCCUCCGCCUCCGCCGCCGGACGGCCAGCUUCGCCUGGUAGUUGGCGACGCGCAUCGUGUUCAAUCAAGGCGACGUCCUUCACCUUCUUCGGCUCCCUCGGCUUCUUCGGUAGCGGCGCCUUCGACGGCGAGGCCUUUGGCAUGCUCGGGCCGUACCAGAAUGUGCGCGUGACCCCAGAAUUUGCGCAGCCCCGCUCAAACAUCGUGUAUCAGGGCUUCCGAGGGCCUCCCGCCGGCAGCUCGGCCGACGCUGGCGAGGGAGUCGAGCCUAGCGGCGAGAGCAGCUCGGGCGGCGAGAGCAGCUCCGGAGGCGCGAGCUCGGACCGCGCUCCAAACAGCUUCCGCAUCGGCCGGCGCGUCGUGUCGUCCGACGAGGAGCCGGCGCCAGUUGAGCGCGGCGCCUCCGCGGCGGACUCGGCCGCGCUGACGGCACUGACACCUCGGGCGACCCCCCGGGCCCUCGCCACUCCGGCGCGGGCGGCGGGGCGCAAGCCCGCGCCGACGCCGAGCUGGACGCAGCAGAAGCGGGGGCUGAGGCUGCUGGCGCCGCGGCUGUACGUCGAGUACAACGGCGCUGUCUUUGGAGGCGAGCUGCCGCCCGACCUGCCGCUGGCGCGGAUCGAGCUCUCAGAGAGAGUGCUCGACUCGGAGGAGCGGCUGCGCAGCACGCUGGCGCACGAGAUGUGCCACGCGGCGCAGUGGCUCCUCGACGGCGAGGCGAACCCGCCGCACGGCGCCGCCUUUUGGCGGUGGGCGCGCCUCUUCAUGCGGCGCGUGUCGACGUGCCACUCGUACGACAUCUACUACAAGUUUCGCUACUCCUGCUCGGGCUGCGGCCAGACCUUUGGGCGGCACACCAAGUCGAUCGACCUCACGAGGCAGUGCUGCGCGCGUUGCAAGGGCAGGCUGCGGCUGCUCGGCGCGUUCGACCGCGACGGCAUCGAGAUCAAGGCGCGCGCGCCGACCGGUUUCGCCUCCUUCGUCAAGGAGCGCUUCGGCGCGCUCAAGCAGGAGCGGCCAAGGCUCAGCCACGGCGAGCUCAUGGCCGAGCUCGGAAAGCAGUGGAAGGAGGCCAAGGCGGCGGGCGGCGGCGCGGCGGGCGGCGGCGCGGCGGGCGGCGGCGCGGCGGGCGGCGGCGAGAGCGGCGGCAACGCGGCGGGUGGUGGCGUGGCGGGCGGCGGCGCGAUGGGCGGCAAUUUGGCGGACGCGUUUGAGAGCGCCCUACGCCUCGGCUGA